AUGUGUUUUGGAAAUUGUGCUAGGUGUACUGGGUACAAGUUGCUCGUUCUUGCUUUGCUCUGCAUUGUGGCCAACAUUUUACUUUAUUUUCCCAAUGGAGAGACAAGAUUUGCCUCAGAGCAUCAUCUCAGCAAAUAUGUGGAAUGCCUUCAUGGCAUUCUAGGUGGAGGUUUUUUGGUGCUGCUUCCAGCCAUAGUGCUUAUUGGGCGCCACCAGGUGUGCUGUGCGGGCGCCGGCCACGAGGACUGCGGGAAGGGCUGCCUGAUGCUGUCCUCUGUUCUAGCAGCCUUUGUUGGGAUCCUUGGUUCUGGCUACUGCAUCAUCAUUUCAGCUCUGGGCUUAUCCCAAGGACCAUACUGCCUCACUACUGUAGGAAGAAACUGGAUCUAUCCUUUCACUGAAUCCUCUGGAGGGUACUUGCUCGAGUACAAGAAGUGGUCUCAAUGUCAAGAACCACAAAACAUUGUGCAGUGGAACGUCACCCUCUUUUCCAUUCUGCUUGUCUUGGGAGGAAUAGAGUUCAUUCUGUGCUCCAUAUACAUAAUUAGUGCCAUUCUCAGAGGAAUAUGCGGACUGUGCAGCCAUCAUGAGGAGGUAGGUCCUUUCUUCAGGUAGAUACAGCUAUGCUGCCUAGAUGAACAUGAAACACUGUGUUGUAGCGAUGCUACAGCACAGGCUUACUCUCAGCAGCUCAGCAGCUAUUUCUUAGAUGUUCUGGAGCACCACUUCAGUGUGUGGCUUUGUACAGCCCUACUGUAAUCAGUUUUCAUGUAGAACUUGACCACAUGCUUUUAGUUAAUGGCUUAGCUGUCUGCAGGGGAGUUUUUUUUAAAUAAAACUAGGAUAAGAGAAGGAAUUCAGUAACAUAUUAAUAACAAAACUUGCGGCAGAUUUGCCAAAGUAUUAACUAUUUUUAGACUGAAG